UAACCAAUUACGUCAUAUGAAUUUCAGAAUUUUCAAAACACAGCUUUAUUUUCGCAAUUUGGGAACAGAACUAAACCUCCGGUUACACAACUUUGGGUUUUCAGCCACUCUCCGUUUUAUACUCACAGUUUUAGUAUUGCAUUUCUUUUUCCCAGCAUCAUGUUCAGGAAGUCAUUGUAGCCAAAAGUCUCUUUCGACGUCCCUCCAACCACCUCUGACAUCAUCUUUUUAAGCUCCAGGUGAGUCUUUGCCAGACCCAUUUUUUCCAACAUUCGUUUUAACCCCAUUAUAUCUGUGAAAUGACUAUACUGAUUAUUACAGAUUUAUACAAACACAUAUUCUGUGAAGAGACAUUUAUUCUGGGCCACAACUGUGAGCAGAUGCUACUUGAUGUCAAAAAAAAAAUUGCACCGUUGCAUUCUUACCUAUUUCUCCUUUGUCAUUCAUAUCAAACUCCAUGUAUUUUUCUGUAAUACAAGAAAACACAAUCUUAUUCAAAAGAAACCUGACCGGACACAAAAUAAAACACUGAACAGAAAUCCUCUGUGAAUGCUUAAGUCCCAUAGUCAAUUUGUUUACUACCUGCGACCCAACAUUUUAUAGGCAAACAUUGGAAAAAAUGUUGUGUUCGAUACAUACAUACAAUAUACAAAAUACAUGAACCAUAAUAUAAAACAUCCCGGUGGGAAAGGAAACAUUGGAAUAUAGAUUAGUGGCCCUUAAAUACUCACUUUUGAACAUUUCAAGCUUUGAGGCAAGUUCUUCCUCUUCUGCAUAUUGGGGAUCUGAAAGAAAGGCCUGGAGGAACACAAGGGAAAACAUUUACUUAACUUCUUUAACUUGGGGACUUUAUUACUAACAUGGUAACUUUCAGUUCAACACACCUCAUUUGUAGAGGUCAGUUUUUCUUCCUGUUGAGACUUGAGGACGCCAAAUGCUUUACCACCUGUGAGAAACCAACAAAUCGUCCAUUCAAGAAAUAAACAAAUUACUAUUGUUUUAACUGCACUUGCAAAAUUAAAGAAUUUCAAGAUCAUAAAAAUGACAAACAAACACAGAGUGGGAAAAGGUCUGACUAACCUUGAACCCUGCUGUCCAUUGCUGUGCACCGAGCUGAGAGACUGUGGAAACUCCACUGAGACAGAGAAAGCCUUUCGAUGGUGCUUUUGUAAAUGGAGCCAGAAGAGGAAGUGAAGUGACAAAGUUUCGGUUUGCAUAAGUGAGGUUCCUACGUCGUAUUUAAGGUUACAGCCAAUUGAGGUCAAAAUGGGGAGGCUUAUGAUAAUGUUCACAGUAAGUCUGAAUUUGACCAGAUAAGGAAGUAAACAGCUCUGUUGUAACACUUCAUUGAGAGAUGCUUGCUGAUAGGAUAAAAACUGUGUAAUGGCUGAGGAUGGACUUAUUCAAAUGUAUAAGCUCAUAUAAGAUCUGUUGAAAUUUUAAUUAGGUCAGAAAAAAAGAUCAGAGUUAAAUACACAUUAAUUGAAUAAUAAUUUGUUAAGGAGGCCUUUUUUUUUUCUUCUCCAAAGGUUAUUUUUUGUUAUAGAGGAAGGUUUCACAGAGUCAAUUCCUCUUUCUCUUUACACUUUCCCUGCUCACAUUUAACCAUGAGGCCCAUGGGCAACUUAUAAGAUGUACUUUAUAGUAGCCAGUGGUCAAGUUGAUGUAACGCUUAGUCCUGGCUACAUGGUGGCGCUAUUAGCCACGUAAACGAGACAACAGAGGAACAUCUCACUGUGCAGGUAGUUUCCGUAUGAGACUUUUGUGCGACCUAAAGAACUGAAAAUAGGUGGAGACAAAAAAAACACCAGCAGAUACCCCAGCAAAUCCAGAGGAUAUCAGCCUCUUGUCUGAACUUGCACGGAGAAUGGCAGCGUUUUCUCCACAGUGUCUCUUGUUGUCAGGUCUGGCCAUGAUGGUAUCAGACUGCAGAGCCGACUCACUAUUGACUGUAACGGCUUUUCGAGAAGAGGAUGCAACUCUCCCUUGUGUCAAAGCAAUCACGACGGAUCCAAAGAGCGGCUACAGAUUCAGGUGGAUGAAGCUUUCCGCAGACACUGGUCGGAUGGAAGAUGUCCUGACCUGGCCUCCUAAGUCCCAGGUCGCCAAACGUGUGAAGUGGGAAGAGGAUGAGGAAGGACAGAUGUCUCUCCUUCUCACAAAUGUACAAAAAUCUGAUGAGGGUCUUUACAGCUGUGAAAUGUGCCAAGGCUGGGACUGCACGCUGGUCAAAAACACAUCUUUAGUAGUUAAAGACUGCAAAGUCCUGCCAGCAUUGAAGGCAACACCCAGCACACCCAUCAAACUGAAUUGCCCAGUGGCCGAAACAUCAAGACCCCAGAAGAUCUCCUGGUUUUUGGUAAAAGGAGGUGAGCCUCUGUCCCUCCCCUCUGAUAGGGUUCAAGUGAACCUCAUAUCACUGGUUAUCCUGUCUGUGAGAGAAGGUGACACCGGGUGGUACAGAUGUAAUUACACUGACCAGCAAACUCAACGCUGCUUUGACAUGAAGAUUCAAGUCCAAGAUGCUGUCGAGGUCACACCGUCUCCGGUCACUGCAGCAGAGACUCAGCAAGCACUGACAAAAACUGAACCUCUCUCAGAGAAGGGUCAGGAGGGGAGCGGGGGAACAGUUAUCGCAGUUGUGUCUUCAGUCCUUAUUGUCGUCGCUGCUGCAGUGAUAGGAGUGUUAAUUUACUGCUGCCGUGACACCCAGAGACUCCCACAGCAAACCCAGAGCUCACCAGCAGCAGGGAUACUGAUGCAGUCCGACUACAUUUAUGAGACAAUGCCAUGCUCAGAUGAUCCUUUAAACCAACGAGUCAACAGUAUCUACCAUCAAUACGACAAUGAAACCCCGAUGACGUUUCACUAUUAAAAGCUGCUCAAGAAAAGAAGAUGUUCCUGCUUGUUGUCUAAUCUGGAUGUGGACAUUGAUGCUGAAUCUACAGAUAUGUGACAUCGGCUAAAACAAGAAGUUUUCAAAAAAUAUGAGAAAAGUUUAGUUCAGAAAUACAGUAUUUGGGAGUUUGGAUUUUGCUGUUUUUCCACUUUCCCAGAUACAGAAACAAAUCAACACCUUAGGUUGGACCUGUUUAUGUAGUUAGUGCAGUUUGAAGUUAUGUCAGAAGAGCUAAAGCCCUGAACUAAAACUGUAUUAUUGUGUUGAAAAGAAGAGUAACUGUGCUCAUAUUCCCCAUUUGUAACCGUCUAUUUCACUUUAAAUGAAAUAAAAACAUGAUCUUUCAUUAAAA